AUGAAAGACUUCCUCCGCCUCUACGCCAGUCUCGUCGAUCGCUGCUUCGCCGACUGCGUAAACGAUUUCACAUCAAAAGCCCUGUCCACAAAGGAGGACACAUGCACGAACAGAUGCGUCGACAAAUUCAUCAAACAUUCCGAGCGGGUGGGGCUAAGGUUUGGGGAACAGAAUGCGCUGUUACAGCAGCAACAGCAGGGGGCGAUGGGGCAGUUUCCUGGAUCACAAUAA